GACACCCUGCGUGAGUGCCCUCCAGGACCCAGUGACUACCCGUGCCACGCUGGACUCCAGUUCAUCUCUCCCAUGUAUUUUGUCUCCUUCGUCCUCACCGCCCAGUUCGUACUCAUCAACGUGGUGGUGGCUGUGCUCAUGAAGCACCUGGACGACUCAAACAAAGAGGCCCAGGAGGAUGCUGAGAUGGAUGCAGAGAUUGAGCUGGAGCUAGCCCAGGGACAACUCCAACUACCCACCUGCUGCAUGGGGGGGCUGGGCACUGGGCUGGUCGUGGCUGGGGCCUCUGGAGCGCCUGGUGAUUUGACUAGAUUUUUUCAAUGAAUAUUAAUAUGAUUUAUCUAUUUUAUCUACCUGCCCUGGAACCUCUAGCUAGUCGGCUAAAUCUGACACAUUUACAGAUAUGUUGAUUGAUGUGCGUGGUCUCUGACAAAUACAUGUAACAAAUGAAAUGAAAUGAAAAUUGGACAAUUUAAAAACAAAUCUCAACCAAUCAUGUGGAUACAAUGCAUUUUAAAAUCAUUAAUGACAACACAAACAUUGUUUCCUGUUUAUUUCCAUUGUGGUCUUCUUCAAUCCAUUGUGGUCUUCUAUCCAUUGUGGUCUUCUAUCCAUUGUGGUCUUCUAUCCAUUGUGGUCUUC